AUGUGUAAGCGACUUGGCCAGUUAUUGCCUUCAGCGAUGGCCUGGUCGUUAAUCGUCAUCUGUACGCUUUGCUUCUACUACUUCCUAGCUCCGGCCGUCGGUGUACGCUGGGGCUGGUAUGGUUGGGCAUUAUGUGGCGUCGAUCUCCUCAUUUUUUUAAUGUUGAUUUCGAAUUUUAUUAUGGCGAUGUGCAUGGAUCCGGGAAUCCAUCCAUACGGAUAUGCGUCUGAAGAAAUGACGACUGAUGACUUUCGGUCGCCUUUGUAUAGAAAUAUUGAGAUUAAUGGCAUUACGGUUCGUAUGAAAUGGUGUGUGACAUGUCAAUUCUACCGACCUCCUCGAUCGAGUCACUGUUCGGUUUGUAAUAGAUGUAUAGACACAUUCGAUCACCAUUGUCCCUGGGUCCAUAAUUGUGUGGGACGACGAAACUACAGAUAUUUCUUCUUCUUUCUAUGCUUUCUUAGUCUACAUAUGGCUUACGUGGCGUCUGUCUGCCUAGCGUACACACUAGCACAUAGAGAAGAUAUUCUGAGCAGGCCGAACCUCUGCUCUAUCGUUCUCCUAGCGUUGUGUGCUAUAUUAUCUGUACCAGUGGUUGGCCUCACAGUUUUUCAUAUUGUUCUCGUUUCUCGCGGAAGAACAACAAAUGAACAGGUAACUGGAAAGUUCCAAUCGGGCUACAAUCCGUUCACUAUCGGAUGUCUCGGAAAUAUAAAGCGAACCUUGUGUGGAAGCCAGUUUCCGUCGUAUGUUUUUCUUAGUGAUCCUAAAUUAUCAGUAUAUGCCAUACUUUUAUAUAUUUGGAUACUUGGAGGGCCCGUCCUCGCCAGUUGUUUGAAGCAUCUUCGAUUGCCUGAUAAUCAAUCUGUAGGCACUUCUAUUUCAUUAGCUGGUGGAGAUGUUCUAUCUCAACCUGAGCGAGAUGGUUCCACGUGUAAUUUGUUUGAAUCAGCCCAAGGUAUGGUUUCAGCUGCCUUGUUUAUAAUAUUUUGGCGUUCCGUGGUUAAGUUUUGA